CGCCCGACCUGCCCCUGCUGUCCUGCUCCUCUCCUCGCCUUUUCGCUGUUCCGCCGCCACCGCUGCGCGUUUCCCGACGGACGCUGCCCGCCCCCUCGACCCCCAUCCACUAUGAGCUCGCCACACCUUAAUCCCGACGGCACUGCCUCCAAUGUCAAAGUCAGCGCCAACAUCGCCAAACUUGCGGCCAAGAUCAGCUUCCCCCUGGGUGUCCCUGGCGCCAAGCCGUAUCCCAAGUCUCCGGACUCGGAGUUCCCUCCCUCACCGGAGGCCGAGCGUCUGCCGACCCCGACCACCUUGCGCACCGUGACCUUUGAUGCUCCCCCCAAGACCUCCUCCCUGGACAAUAGCGCCCUGCGGAGGAAGGCGGCCGUUCGACCGACCGGCCGUCGUGCCCAGUCCAUGAUGGUUCUCGCUCCAACGGACAUCUCCCAGUUUGGGCCGUCCAAUACGGAGGUCUUGCCGGUGGCCGCUCCCCGGCCGCUCAGCAUGGCCGUCGUCCCGGAGCCCGCCGUGGCGGAGUCCCCCGCGGCGCCGGCUGCGGUGGUGACGCCCCCGCCAGAGCCGACUGUCAUUGCCACUCCGGCUGCCGCCCCUGCCCCGGAGCCGGUGGCUGCCGCGGCCGCCCCGCCGAAGCCCGUGGUGGCCGAUACCCCGAAGCAGCCGGCCGUCGAGCCUGCGCCCCCUGCCUCGGCCACUCCGGCGGCAACCUCGACCCCCGGCCUGGAGGAGGGCCAGGCCUCGAUGUCGGACUGCCCGCCGCAGCCGGCCAUGGAGGUCUUCCCGGCUCCGGUGGCUGCCCAGCCCGCCGACGGCAAGCCCGCCGACGGCAAGCCCACCGACGGCAAGCCCUCCGGCGCCCUGCUGGUGCCGGAUACCUCGGCCCCGGCUGCCCCGCCGGCCGAGGAGGGCAUUCUUGGCGCCAUGGUUUCGGCCAUCUCCUCGGUUGUCGGGUUCAUCUGGACCAGCCUCUUUGGCGGUGACUCCCCCUGAUCGGCGGGAGCCCCUGUCCAGCUCCCCACUGUGCCCCCCUGGCUUCGUUGGGCUUGCUCCUCCCUGCUGGUGGAUUUCAUCGAGUCCGCCUCCUCGAUUGUCCCUCCCCCGACGCCGGCGCCGGACUCAGUUGCCCGGCUCCGGUGCCAGCCUUUCCUCCUUCGGUCGGCGCCCCAUCCCGUCUCUUCCCUCCUCUCCCCCCGCCCCAUUUCCCGUUUCCUCCGCCUGAGUUCAGGCUGGGCCGCGUUGCGCCGGCGCACCCCCCCCCCCCCCACCCCACCU